GCAUGAGGGGAUGAGGGGGAAUUGAAUUUGGCUGCUAUAAGUUAUACUAAGCAGUGCUGCCCCAGUCGACUUCUCCCCCCCCAACCAACUGUCGAUUUCUCCCAUCAUCAUUUUUCGAUUCAAAUUGUCUUCCCCCAGUCUGGCAACUUGAAGCAUAUCCUUCCUCAGCUCUCCAGUGCAGUGCAAUCAAACUUCUGAUACCUGAUCCCUGAUACCUUACCUCCCACCCAGACAUCAAGAAUGAGCAAAAUGGGCCCAUCUCUUCACCCCCUCCUCGACACCCGCAUCCGCCAAGGCAACCCGAACUUCAGCGGCGGCACCCUGAAAUGUCACUGCAUCCACAACCCGGUAACCGUCCACCUCUCCAGCAACGUCGCCCACAACCACGCCUGCGGCUGUUCCAAGUGUUGGAAACCCGCGGGCGCCCUGUUCUCAGUGGUGGCCGUCGUCCCCCGCGACGCACUGCGCGUGACCGCCCACGCGGAGAAAUUAGCCGUCGUGGAUCCCAGCGCGGUCAUCCAGCGUCACGCGUGUCGGGAUUGUGGGGUGCAUCUAUUCGGCCGGAUCGAGACGGAUCAUCCCUUCACCGGCUUGGACUUUGUGCAUGUCGAGUUGUCGGAGGAGGAAGGGUGGCAGGAGCCGCAGUUCGCGGCGUUUGUCAGUUCCAUUAUCGAGCAGGGGUUCCCGCCGGAGGGGAUGGGCGCCGUCAGGGAUCGGUUCCGUCAGAUCGGGUUGGAGACGUAUGAUGCGUUGAGUCCUGGGUUGAUGGAUGCGAUUGCUACCUGGACGGCGAAGAAGGCGGGGCGGUUGUCGAACUUGUAGGACGGUUCGGGUGGGAUUGUGUUUGGAAGUGUUUGUUUUCAAUGGAAAUAAGUCUAACUGUUCAAGAAGAAUGUGAAAUUUCAUAAGUAGGGGUAUGGGUGUCUAGUGGUGUGGACGAACCCUGACGGAUGGCUGAAUCAAUGCAAGUUGGUAAAAAUAAAUGGCAGUAGAAUGAACUCAGGUCGAGAAGCAAGAGGGAGGUUAAGUGCUUUUGUAGAGGAGACUGGGUACCUUGUGGAAGAC